CGGGAUUUCGGAUAUAGGGGGUUUUCAUACACACACACACACACACAUAUAUAUAUAUAUACAUCUGUGAGUGUAUAUAGGGGGGUUUUUGAUCUCUUGGCAGCAGCUUCGUUUCUCCAUCAAUCUUCCCUUCUCCACUUCCAAACGAUGUGCGCAAUGCUACCAUGAAAUCUAUGUCCAAUACCAUCAUGGUUUCUUCUAAGACUCCCUCUAGAUCUAGUAAAGUUUCAUGUAUGUUAUCUGAAAAUCCCACAACCAAAAUGGAAGAGUACAACAUUGCUAUGAAGAAGAUGAUGAGAAACCCUUAUGAGUAUCACCACGAUCUUGGUAUGAACUACACAUUGAUAACUGAUAAGCUGAUUGUGGGCUCCCAACCUCAGAAACCUGAAGACAUAGAUCAUCUGAAAAGGGAAGAAGAUGUUGCCUACAUUCUUAACUUGCAGCAGGACAGAGACAUUGAGUAUUGGGAAAUAGACUUGAAGUCUAUAAUAAAAAGAUGUCGAGACCUUGAAAUUCGUCACAUGAGAAGGCCGGCAAGAGAUUUUGACCCAGAUUCCUUGAGAAGUGGAUUACCUAAAGCUGUUUCAUCUUUGGAAUGGGCCAUUUCAGAGGGAAAAGGAAAAGUGUAUGUGCACUGUACAGCUGGAUUGGGGAGAGCUCCUGCUGUUGCAAUUGCUUACAUGUUUUGGUUUUGUGACAUAGAUCUGAACACGGCAUAUAAUAGGCUUACUUCAAAGAGACCUUGUGGACCCAAUAAAAGUGCAAUCCGUGGAGCUACUUAUGAUUUGGCUGAGAAUGAUCCUUGGAAGGAGCCCUUUGAGAAUCUUCCGGGACAUGCUUUUGAGGGCAUAUCAAAUUGGGAAAGGAAAUUGGGAAAGGAGCCCUUUGAGAAUCUUCCAAUGUGUUGAUUGGUGAAUUUUAGAUUUUAUUUUAUUAUUUUAUUUUUUUUUAGGAUUUGGGUGAAUUUUAUAAUUUAAAUAUGCUUUUAUGAACAUGUAUAGUUUAAUUGUUCUUUCUAAAAUAUUGAAUUUGAUGGUUUGAU